AUCUCUGCUCAGUGUCACAUGCUUGACAGUAGAGUCAGAGCAGGAUCAUGGCAGCAGCGAGACUCUGCCGCUGCUCCUGUGGUUGUCUGCUGUGGUGAGGAGCUGGCGCUUUCUGUUGCAUCUCUUUUGUCAGGACAGACUGUAGUGAUCGAAAGAGAAAGGCAAUGGAGUACAUGCUGACCCAAAGUAUCGAUAACGCCAGGUUGGAAUUGCUGCUGGAGCUGGACAUGAUGGAUGUGAUCGAGGCAUUUUACCCUUUGGAGGACACAGCACUCUACCAGGACAAUAUGCUGUCGCUAGAGCAGCACUCGGAUGGAGUGCCAGCGAGUAGGGCCAGGGACGGUCAACAACCGCUCUUCUACUCAGUCAGAUAUGGCACAGUUGAGGAUUUACUUAACUUUGCAAAUCAGGUGUGCAAUACAUUCCGCAAUCAUCCCCAACACUUCCGAAACCGCGAGACGGGAGUAAUAUUGAACAAGAAGGAUAUAGUUAUUAAAAAUGGACAUUAUCAAGUUGAUUCAGAAGUCUUCCUGUUUCCAUGGAAGUUUGCCCAUAGGAACAUUGGUCCUGGUUACAUUCCUCGCGGUACUUUUGGAAGGUGCCACCUUGCACAAGACAGAGAAACAAAGAAGCGAAUGGCAUGUAAAUUAAUUCCAGUGGAAUUUUUCAAGCCUGCUGAUAUACAAAUACAAGCACAAUUUCGCCAUGAGAACAUUGCAGAAUUAUAUGGUGCGUUACUGUGGAAUGAAACCAUACAUCUCUUCAUGGAGGCAGGAGAAGGAGGUUCCGUUGCAGAGAAGUUGGAAAGUUGUGGGCCUAUGAAAGAAUUUGAAAUCAUAUGGUUGACCAAACAUGUCCUCAAAGCACUUGACUUUCUGCAUUCCAAAAAUGUAAUACAUCAUGACAUUAAACCCAGUAAUAUAGUUCUCAUGUCAACCAAAGCAGUAGUGGUAGAUUUUGGCCUUUCUGUCCAGAUGACUGAAGAAACCUACAUUCCCAGAGAUAUUCGAGGAACAGAGUUCUAUAUGAGUCCCGAAGUUAUUACCUGUCGAGGCCAUUCAACAAAAUCAGACAUCUACAGUCUUGGUUCUACAAUCAUCCACAUGCAGACUGGGAAUCCACCCUGGGUGAAGAGGUAUCCUAGGUCAGCUUACCCAUCAUACCUGUACAUUAUCCACAAGCAAGCUCCACCAUUAGAAGACAUUGCAGAGGACUGCAGCCCUGCCAUGAGGCAGUUUAUUGAAGCCACUUUGGAGAGAAAUCCAAAACAGAGGUGGUGUGCAGGACAGUUGUUAAGACAUACAGCACUUAGCCCUCCACCUGAAGACCAACCACGUUGCCAGAGCCUUGACUCAGCUCUCUUUGAAAUAAAUCGCACCUUUAAGAGAAAAGAACUGGAGUUACCUGAACAAAUUUGUGAUACUUCUGUGAGCAGCACUGAAGAAUCAACUGUGGGGAAAAGGAAUCGGUCUCUCUAUAUUGAUCUAGGUGCCUUGGCUGGAUACUUCAACAUCAUCAGGGGUCCUCCUGGGGCAGAAUAUGGCUGAUUUGCUUUCCCUUCAUCUGCCGGUUUCAUAGUGUUGCAAAGAUCAAGCUACCUGUUGUAGAAUCAGAGGAGUCAGUCUGAUGGAGGAGUCACAGAACAUUUCAUCAUUGUGAUAAUGGCAUUAAGAACAAUUUUUAAAAAAAUGUCACAUUACUAAUUUUUUCUUCGCUAAUAUCCCCAAUGUAUGUUUCCUUAGUUUGAAAGGUGCAGUGAUGGAAGAGGACAGUGUGAGGAAUAUGAAUAAUUCUUGACUGACUCCCACAACAAAAGCACUGUCACUUCUUUUAGUCUGUUAUACUUAAUUUGAUUGAUGGAUAAAUGUUCCCAGUCUCCCCUUCUUUGCUUUCAGUGAUUAUCGCUGAUUAAUGUAUUUCUCUAAUGGAAAAUUUAUUCAAAAUGAUGAGAAUAGACUUGUCAGAAUACAUGUGUUCCUAUGGAAAUGAGAACAUGUAGAAUAAGAAUAAAUGCCAUGCAGAUGACUAAAUUGCACACAGUGUGUGCUGUGGGUUUACAGUAACCCUGUAGCUCUAUACAUAUAAUGAGCUGAUAGUUCUGUACACCCUAUGGGAUGGCUUAGCCUCUGCUUUGUUCUGCAAAGGGUUCGUUAAGCAAUAAUGGAAACAUAGCAUGCAUUAGCAGCAUGUUGUGUCUCAUAGUUUUUAUUUUGGCUGCCAAAA